AUGGGCGCCGUCGUCUCUUGCAUCAAGUCCGUCUUCCGUGCCAUCGGAAACGCUCUCAGCGCCAUCAUCAACGGCAUUGCCGGUAUCCUCAAGGCCAUCAUCAACGGAAUCACCAAUGUUCUGAACAUCAUCAUUUCGUUCCUGACCUGCGGCCGCGCCGGUUCCCGUCGCUCCAGAAUGUCGAACCGUACCAGCCACCAUGGUAGAACCACGCGGGCCAUAUAA